UAAAUUUAGUAUUACAAUAGACCCCACGUUUUGCAACGGGUAAUUAUCUGCCUCAAUUACCCAGAUCCUUUUAAAUUUGUCAAACCUCAAACACUUCUCAUACCUAGAAGACCCUCAAUGGCCUACAGAAGAAGCACAGCCUCCUCUAUCUUAGAUGUUUUCAGUCUGAAUCCUCUUCCAUACCCAGUUCUGCUAAUUCUAGCAGUGAUCUCAAUCUUUCUUGGCAUGUCAUGGUACUUCUCUUAUGAAGAAGCUGUGGAAAGUGUUGAAGAACAAAUGAGUUGGCUACUUUUGGCCACGCCUGUAGUGCUGGUGAUCAUUGUCCGGUGGUUGUCGUCACUGGAAAACCCAGAAAGGCUCUUUUCCAUGUCUCCCUGGGAUCAGCGCCGGCGGACCCACCACAGGCCCUCGGAGGGGAGCUCUCCAUGGGGUGUGGCAGCUUGGAUUGUGCUGUUGCUUGUUAUGGUGCAAUACCGUUCUAUCUUUGUUGAUAGCUGGUUAGUUUAGAUUUUAUAAUAUUUAAGAUGAGAAAUCUUUGGCCUUGUGGUUUGGUUUUAUAAUAUCCAAUCUAGUGGUAGUCUGAAGAAAUGGUUUUGUGCUUGUUAGAGCAAAGACAAUCUUAAUUAAUACUGACAACAUACAUGGUUAUUGUACAAAGUAAAGGCUAAUGUCUGUAACUGGUUUGGAUUUCUGUUGGCUAUAGAUAUGGAUGAUAAUUUUGAGAUGUUUUUCUUCUCC